AUGGUAUAUACAGGAAAAGCAUCCAGUGGCUGCAAGCUGUGUAGAAUACGGAAGGUGAAGUGUGACGAGGCCAAGCCGUUCUGCAUGAGAUGUACCAAGUCGAAAAGACACUGCCCAGGAUACGGGUCUGUUGGUCGAGACCAGGCGAAGACGUCUGCAGAAAGGCUCAAGAGAUUGAGACAAACCACCUCAUAUAAUACCCCUCACUCGACAGAUCUUUCGAUAUCGCCUGAGUCCAGAUCAUCCGGAGAUUAUUUCGACAACACACUAUCGGGUCCCCGGAGGCGAAAUUCGGCACCAUUCAGGAUCGGCGAUCAGGAAGGCGACUUGGCCGAAUGCUUCAAAAAUGUCCCUGGUGGUCUGAUGAAUCCACUCGACGAGCAGGCUUCCUGUCUGUUUCUGUCCCAAUUCGUCAAUGUGGCUAUGACAUCAACGGCGCGAGGCUACUACAGUUUUCUGCCUCGCUAUUUUGGACGUGGGGAUAUUUCUGUAUGUCUCUCGCUGUCGUUCAAGGCAACAUCUAUGGCAUGCCUGGCGAUGCAGCAGGCCAAAGGCAUGAGAGGACCCGCUCUAGUACGGGCCCAGGAACAUCACGUCAAUGCUCUGAAAGCAGUGAGGCAAGCAAUCGCAGACCCGAUAGAGGUGGAAAACGACCAAACACUCGGCGCAGUUCUUAUGCUCGCUUUUUACGAGACCUUGAUGUCCAAGGAUUCGAUGAAAGAAUACAUGAGCCAUGUUAAUGGCGCUGCCAAAAUAAUUCGAAUGCGCGGCCAAAAGUGCCUUGAGACAGACGAGGGCCGGGAAAUGUUCGCCUUGACCCGCAAUCAGUGCAUCCUGAUACAGAAUCUAUUCAAAGGAACGGAGAUGUCUGAGUAUUCAUGGCUGUUGCACAACGAAACAAGUCAACGCGUAAAUCGCGAGACAGCCGACAUGAACAUUUAUUACACCCGGCUCCAGCAAUGCGUCGACUCCCUUAUAGCCAAAGCACGUCAUCCAGGACCUGAGGCUAUCGAUGAGAUGGUUGAAUUACUAGGCAAAUGCCGAAAACUAGAGAACGAAUUCCGCCAGCUCAAAGACAACAUAAAUCCACUGGGGAAAGUCGAGGUUGCAGAAUGGGUGUUCGAGCGAACAGACGAGGAGCUCGACACGGAGCCAACAUUCGAAGGCCCCGUCUACAAAUUCUACAAUCUCCCUGUCGCCGUCCUCCAUAUAAUUUCGUGGUGUUUCCACCUAAACCUCAUUUCGACCAUUAUGCGCUGCAGCUCAUGGCUGGCUUCGGCUGGAAAGGAGGAAUUGGGGGUGCUGGAUGAUUACGAAACACUCGUUCAAUUGUCGACUGACUGUGUCCACGACAUUGUCUCUGGGGUCCCAUACUUUUGCAAUUGGAACGCAUAUGGCGUCGUCGUCUCGCAGUUUCCUUGCGGCUUAACCAAGCCAGAUGACCCACUCAAAGGAGAGGCUGGGCUCAUCGUGAUGUGGCCCAUUGCCAUAGCAAUUAAGAGCGAUUACGCUACGCCAAGGCAGAGACGAUAUUUAAGGGGUCGCCUUCGUUAUAUCGCCGACGUAUCUGGUAUCAAUCAGGCUCGUUAUUUUAUUAACGAGGUGUAA